AUCAUGUCAAAACCAUGACCUAUUGGUACACCAUCUCCGCUGUUCAUGAGUCGAGAGCGCUUCGACAACCAAUCCUUUGGAAAAGGAAACUCGGCCGAUAAAAGAACCUGUCACGGGCAACGUUAAUAAUGUGUGUACAGUACAUCUUGUUCCCUCCCCGCCGGCCCGGUUGGUGGUGGGACUCUAUUCCUCAAACACCGCCGAUAGCAGUGACGUUCCAUCCCCCUCCACCACACAAACGGGGGUUGAGGUGGGAAAGUCAUCAGCAUACUUUGGGGCUGUUGCCGCAAAAAGUCUGUGAUGUCAGGCUUCUUGCGACGAGACGGGUCCCCGGGAGGGGAGAACCCCCUCGAAGGAGGGGCGUGGGCGAACCGCAAAGACUUUUUUGCCUGUCCACCUGGGUGUAAUUGCUCCCUCAUAAGCAAAGGCACCUUUCGUCUUGCCCCUCUCUCGUAUCUAUCUUUCCUCUCUGUCCUCACAAUACGAAAGCCGAAGAUACCUGCAAGCCUAACUACCA